AUGGACUUGCUCCGGCUUGAUCUAUCACACAAUGAUGCCUUUGUCAUCAUCAUUCAAGUUGUACAAGCAAUGGUUGACCGUAUUGAUGUAGAUGAAGGCAGUGUAGUCAACAUACUGCAACUUUUAGUUGUCCAGCAUAUCGGCAUGGAGAACCUGAUCAACAAGUCAGCCAGACCAUUGACCAGCUUUAAUGGAUCAACUUCAAUCACCGUGGGCACAAUAGACUUAGAUGUCUAUUCUCCAUUAGUGGUCAAUACACAGACUUUCAUGAUCAUCGAGGCAAUCUCCCCUACAAUGGUCAUGCUCUUCGGGAUGAAAAACGUUGGAGCAACCUACCAGAUGCUGGUGAAUAAGAUUUUCAAGAAGCAGAUAGGCAAGACAAUAGAAGUCUACGUCGAUGAUAUGUUGGUCAAAGCACCUUAG